GGUGCUCUGUGUGCUGCUGAACUGCUAGACGCAGUGGGAGAAAGGCUAGAAGGCAAACCUCUCUGAGAAUACUAAGCAGUGAGAGUGGAAAGGCUUCCUAGUUUCUACGAGGAAGCGGUUCUCGUUUAGUGCGCCAGUUCCAUCAAGUCUACCAGACGUGGCAAGGCAAGUUCGUCUGAGCAGUGAUAUUUAUCUCCUAAGACUCUGUUGCACUGCUUCCCACGCCUCCACCUCCUUCCCGGCUGGUAGAAUCCUCUAGACGACUGCUGUCUCAACAGGACGAAAGUGACCUUAGCACAGAAUAGUUUCUAAAGUUCGUAGAUAUUUCCAGCACCGAAGCAGCUCGAUAGUAUCAGCACCAGCGCCACCAUGGCGAGCCAGGACCAUGCAAUGAGUACCGCAACACUCUCUACCGCGGACACUAGUUCCCCCACCAACAGCACCCGCACCAUGUCCACCGUAACCUCCGCCGCGCCGUCCGCCGCGCCGGCCGGGCCGGCCGUCUCCAUGAGCUCCUCGAGCGUCACGGGCUCCAAGGCCCUGGCGAAGCGCGCCAUCCGCGUCGCGCAGGCCGUCGCGGACGCGCGGCUCGACAGCGCGUACGAGGACGCGUCGGAGGGGUUCGACUACCACGACUCGGUGGAGGCCAGCAAGGGCAUCACGCAGACGGACGGCGGGAAAGACGCCGGCGCGGGCGGCGGGAAACCCGGCGGCGCGCCGGUGGCGUCGUACCUCCAGCGCAUGCAGCGCGGCGGGCUGAUUCAGGCGUUCGGGUGCCUGGUGGUGGUGGAGGAGGGGUCGUUCCAGGUGCUGGCGUUUAGCGAGAACGCCAAGGACCUGCUGGGGCUGAUUCCCAAGGAGAAGACGCCGGAGGAGAUCGAGUCGGAAAAGAAGGCGGAAGAGGAGGCGGAGCGGAAGAAGGCGGAAGAGGAGGCGAAGGCGGAGGCGGCGACGGCGACGGCGUCCCCCAGCAAGGCUCCCGCCAAGUCGGGCAUUGGUCGUGCGUUCAGCUCGCUCAAGGAGAAGAUUUCUUCUGCCAUUCGCGGGCACAACGCCGCGGGAUCCAAGCACGCCAAGCAGCGCGGGCGCAGCCUCGCGCCUUCCGACAGCACGGGCGGAAGGGUGGGCUCCCCCGCGCGCUCGCAGUCACCGUCGCGCUCGUGGCGCACCGGGUUCCGCGCCAGCCGGCGCAUUGAGGAGGGGGAGGGCGCGCACUCCAACCUGAGCAAGGCGGGGGACGCGGAAUCGGCGGCGCCUGCUCCACCCCCGCUCCCGCCCCUCCCCGUGCUCGAUUUCGGCGCGGACGCGCGUUCUCUCUUCACCCCUGACAGCGUCACAGCGCUCGAGAAGGCGACAGGCGCGGCGGACCUCUCUAUGAUCAACCCGGUGCUGGUCGAAGCCGCUGUGUCCAACCGCGGCGACCACCGGCCGUUCUACGCCAUCCUGCACCGCAUCGACGUGGGCAUCGUGAUCGACCUGGAGCCCGUCCGCGACGCCGAAAAUAUCUUCACGGGCGCGGGGGCCCUCCAGGCGCACAAGCUCGCUGCCAAGGCCAUCGCUAGGCUCCAACGCAUGCCGCCCGGCGACAUGACCAUGCUGUGCCAGGCGGUGGUGGAGGAGGUGAAGGAGCUCACGGGGUACGACCGAGUUAUGACUUACAAAUUCCACGAGGACGAGCAUGGCGAGGUCCUUGCUGAAGCUAAGAAAGACACCAUGGAGCCAUAUCUCGGUCUGCACUACCCGGCUACGGAUAUUCCCCAGGCGAUUCGGUUCCUGUUUAUGAAGAACCGAGUGCGGUGUAUCUGUGAUGCGUACUCGGACGAGGUGAAGGUGGUGCGGGACGAGGGCAGGCUCAAGCAGCCCGUGACGCUCGCGGGGUCGCAGCUGCGCGCGGCGCAGCGGUGCCAUAUUCAGUACAUGCGGAACAUGGGGACCACGGCGUCCAUGACCAUGGCCGUGAUCAUCAACGAUGAGGACGUCGCGCAGCAGGCGCAGCAGGGUGCUGGGGCUGGUGCUGGUGCUCCUGCGGCGCAGGGGAACCGGGGGAAGAAGCUGUGGGGGCUGGUGGUGUGCCACCACGAAACCGCGCGCUACCUGCCGUUCCCCCUGCGGCUGGCGUGCGAGUUCCUCAUGCAGGUCUUCUCCCUCCAGGUGAACAUGGAGAUCGAGAUGGCCCGCCAGCACAAGGAGAAGGACAUGCUGCGCACGCAGACGCUGCUCUGUGAUCUCCUCAUGCGAGGGGAUGCGCCCCUCGGGAUCGUCUCCCAGAACCCUAAUAUCCGGGACUUGGUGAAGUGCGACGGCGCGGCGCUGUACUACGCGGGGCGGUUCUGGCUGCUGGGGACGACCCCCACGGAGAUGCAGAUCCUAGAUAUCAUCGACUGGCUGGACGCGGCGCAUGGGGACUCGUCCGGGCUGAGCACAGACAGCCUGGCGGAAGCAGGUUACCCGCGCGCGGAGGAGCUGGGGGAAGGGGUGUGCGGGAUGGCGUGCGCGCGGCUGUACGCGCGCGACGUGCUGCUGUGGUUCCGGUCGCACGUGCGGAAGGAGGUGCGGUGGGGCGGGGAGAAGCACGACAAUAGGGACAAGGAGGACGAGCACCCGGAGCGGAUGGCCAUGGGGCCCAGGGCGAGCUUCGCGGCGUUCCUAGAGGUGGUGCGGCAGCGAUCCAUGCCGUGGGAGGACGUGGAGAUGGACGCCAUCCACUCGCUGCAGCUCAUCCUCAGGGGCCAUCUCACUUCCUUCUCGGACAACGAUAUGAAGGACAUGAUGCUCAACAGGAUGCGGGACCAGGAAAUGGACCGCCUGAGCGCCACAGAGAGCGAGAUGGUGCGCGUGCUCGAGACAGCCACGGCGCCCAUCCUGGCCGUUGAUCGCGACGGGUGUGUGACGGGGUGGAACGCCAGGCUGGCAGCGCUGACAGGGCUGGCCACAGGGGACGCCCUGGGCAAGCACCUGAUCACGGACCUGGUGGUGGAGGGCAACGUGGACGCUGUUGGCAGGGCCCUGUUCCUCGCUCUGCAAGGCCAGGAGAGCAAGGAGCUGGAGAUUCAUCUGCGCACGUGGGGCGUGGUGCAGUCGUCCAAGGACUCGGUCAUCCUCGUGGUGAACGCGUUCGCCAGCCGCGGCACGGCCAUGGGCGGCGACGACAUGGAGGACGUGGUGGGGGUGUGCUUCGUGGGGCAGGACGUGACCGCGCAGAAGGCGGUGCAGGGCAAGUUCACGCGCCUGCAAGGGGAUUAUGAGGCCAUCGUGCACGGCAACAACUCGCUCAUUCCGCCCAUCUUCUCCACUGACGACUUUGGCAACUGCACGGACUGGAACCCCGCUAUGGAGAGGAUCACGGGCGUGCCGCGGUCGCAGGCCAUCGACCGGCUGCUGCUGGGCGGCAUCUUCGGCCCCAUCUGCCGCAUGAAGGCCGACACGAUGACGAAGCUCAUGAUCGUGAUCAACAAGGCCAUGUCCGGCCAGAUGACCGACCGCUACCCUCUGGAGUUCCUCGAUGCUCAUGGCCAACUGGUGGAGGCUCUACUCACGGUGAACACCCGCCGGGACGCGGACGGGCACGUGACGGGCGUGUUCUGCUUCCUCCACACCGUGUCGGCAGAGCUGCAGGCGGCGCUCAACCUGCAACGUGCCACACAGGACUUCGCCAAGGAGAAGGCCAAGGCGGUGGCAUACACCAGGGAUGCGAUCCGCGGGCCGCUGGACGGGAUAGAGCACGCCCUGGAGGGGCUGAGGCGGGAGGAGAGGGAGGGGCGGAUUGCCGGGGAGGAGGAGCGGAACGCGGUGGGGGUUGCGGAGCGGUGCAAGGAGCAGGUGGACAGGAUUCUGGGGGAUGACGACAUUGACACCAUCGAGGAAGGCUAUGUCAACAUCAUCCCCGGGGUCUUCACCAUUGAUUCCGUGAUCGACGCUGUGAUCGCCCAGGGCAAGCAAGCCGCCGCCCGGCGCAGCGUGACCCUCUCGUUCGACCCGCCGCCGCAGCUCAAGACCUUCCCCGGGCUGGCAGGGGACCCCGCGCGCCUGCAGCAGGCUCUGGCGGAGUACCUCACGAGCGCGGUUACAUUCACGCCCAGUGGGGGGUGGGUGAAGGUGCGCCUGGUCACCAGCACCAGGAGCCUGUUCGGCGACCAGGGCUCUCUGAAGUGCGAAUUCAGAGUGCAACACUCGGGCAGUCUGCCUCAGGAGCUGGUGCAGCAGCUGUACGACGAGGCGGACCCCACCACGCGCACGCAGGAGGGGCUGGGGCUGUCGGUGUGCCGCAAGAUCCUCCUCGCCAUGGCGGGCGACGUGCAGUACGACCGCAACUACAACGCCUGCGAGUUUGUCGUCCGCAUCGGCUUCCCCUUCGCUUAGAUAGAGAUUGACUGUUCGUGUGUAUGUGGCCCUCUAGUCGAGGUGGUACUGCGGGCCAUGGGUGGGCAAUGUGUUGUGUGACAGGAACUGCCAUGCGUGUCAUGCGAGUUCGUUAGUCGUUCGGAUCUGCUCCCCCUUCGCAUAGACGCCUGCCAUAGAUGCCUGCCAUGCCAUUGUCACCCCUUCUCCCCCAGUGUAUCCAUGUGAUGCGGCAUGCGUCCCUCUUGAAGCCUCCAUGUGAUAUGGCUAUUCUCUCUUCUCCUCCCUGCUUCUAUGAAACUGUUGUAGGGGUUUGCAUCUGUAGAAUGUGUGGAUUAUGUUACUGGUAACAUGUAUGGUCAUGGAAACAGCUGUUCACCUGGGUUGUCAGGCUGCUGUUGACUCUAGGGUUGUGGAGUGCAAUACAUUCUGACAAUUAACUGUAGCAGCUGUUUGCAUAAAUAUUUACAUUUUUC